AUGGGUACCACGAAUCAGAGGCAGAAUCCACGACCUGAAGCAUCAGUAUCCGAACCAGAUUUUCCAACCGCGUCAUCGUUCUCAGUAAACAAGAAAAAAUGGUCUAAUUUUUUGCCCGCUUUUGUGGGCCUUAUUGUGUUAGGUGAGAUCGCAUUUUUGUGCCGGCUCGACAUGGCGAAGAACGUUGACCUGGUUAACACGUGGGCUGACUCUUUCUACCAGUUCACCAAGUCCACGACGUCGUCUUGGUCAACGGUUUCUUUGGCCGAUGAAGCUUGGUCGGGCAUUGGUAGCGGCAGGCUUAACGAUCCAGGCUCCGGGCCCGAGGACAGGUGCGAGGCAUGGCUGGAGGAGGAGGAUUAUGUUCCUUAUUCUAGAGAUUUUAAGAAAGAGCCUAUUUUUGUCAAUGGAGGUAAUGAGGAGUGGAAGACCUGCGCUGUGGGAUGUAAGUUUGGUUUUGAUUCUGGUAAGAAGCCUGAUGCUGCAUUUGGACUUUCUCAGGAACGGGGCACUGCUGGUGUGCUUCGCUCAAUGGAGUCAGCUAGAUAUUAUGCUGAGAAUAGCAUUGAUAUGUCACGACGGAGGGGAUAUGAUGUUGUCAUGACUACUAGUCUUUCAUCGGAUGUUCCUGUGGGAUAUUUCUCUUGGGCUGAGUAUGAUAUAAUGGCUCCAGUGCAACCAAAAACUGAAAGUGCUCUUGCUGCCGCCUUUAUUUCCAAUUGUGCUGCUCGCAACUUCCGCUUGCAAGCUUUGACUGCACUUGAGAAAUCAAACAUCAAAAUUGAUUCUUACGGUGGUUGUCAUAGGAACCGCCAUGGAAGAGUGGACAAAGUGGAAACUUUGAAGCGCUACAAGUUUAGCUUGGCUUUUGAGAACUCGAAUGAAGAGGAUUAUGUCACUGAAAAAUUUUUCCAGUGUCUUGUAGCUGGGUCUGUUCCUGUGGUCAUUGGUGCACCUAAUAUCCAAGAUUUUGCUCCUUCUUCUGGUUCACUGUUGCAUAUCAGGGAGCUAAAAGACGUUGAUUCAGUUGCCAAGUCCGUGAAAUAUCUUGCCGAAAAUCCCAGUGCAUAUAAUGAGUCAUUAAGGUGGAAGCUUGAAGGGCCAUCAGAUUCUUUUAAGGCGCUUGUUGAUAUGGCGGCAGUUCAUUCAUCUUGCCGUUUGUGCAUUUAUUUGGCUACAAAGAUCCGAGAGAAAGACGAGGAAAGUGCAGAAUUUAGAAAACGGCCCUGCAAGUGUAUCAGUGGCUCGCGGACUACGUAUCACAUUUAUGCAAGGGAAAGAGGGAGGUUUGAGAUGGAGUCCAUUUUCUUAAGGUCGGACAACUUGACCUUGGGGGCUUUAAAUUAUGCCGUUCUUUUGAAGUUCAAGUCCAUGAAACACGCUCCAAUUUGGAAAUCUGAGAGACCCAAAAGCAUAAGGGGAGGGGAUGACCUCAAAAUUUACAGAAUAUAUCCUGUCGGAAUGACACAGAGGCAAGCAUUAUAUACGUUCAGCUUCAAAGGAGAUUCUGAUUUCAGGAAUUACAUAGAGAGCAACCCAUGUGCCAAGUUCGAAUUCAUUUUCGUAUAG